AUGUCCUCACUCGGUGGUUCAUGUUGUGGGGAGCUUGCAAAGGAGUUCGUCGAUUUUGUUAAUAAGGCUUGUACCCCAUUUCACGCUGUCGAGGUUCUUUCUUCUUGGUUGGUCUCUGCCGGGUACAAAAAGCUUGUCGAGGGUCAGGUGUGGCCUUCGGUUGUGCGAGGCGGCAAGUAUUUCGUCACCAGAAAUGACAGCAGUCUGGUGGCCUUUUCUGUCGGUGGCAAAUUUGAACCUGCAAACGGGAUAAAGAUUGUUGGGGCUCAUACGGACUCACCCAAUUUGGCAUUAAAGCCACGAACAAAGGUGGACAAAGGAGAGUAUCAAGGCGUUGCAGUUCAAUGCUAUGGUGGGGGUCUAUGGCAUACCUGGUUUGACCGUGAUUUGACGGUUGCCGGUAGAGUUUUUAUUUCUGAAUCAAAGCUUGAAAAACGUCUGGUGAAUUUGCAGAGACCUAUCAUGCGAAUACCAUCCCUUGCAAUUCACCUUGAAACUGCCCAAGAACGUGAAUCAUUUGCACCAAACAAGGAAAAGCAUCUGGCUCCUAUAAUUGCCACAAACAUUUCGGGCUCACUGACUGGAGAAAAAGAGCAGAAGCAUAGUCUUCAUCUUAUGAAGUUAAUUGCGGAUGCCUUGAAUUGUAAACCAGAGGAUGUUGUAGAUUAUGAUUUGAGUGUUAUUGAUACUCAGGAGGCAACAGUUGGAGGUGCAUCUAAUGAGUUUAUAUUUGCCCCGCGAUUGGACAAUCUCAUCUCAUGUUUUUGCGGUAUCAAAGCCCUUCUUAGAGGGGACAGAAAUCUUGAAACUGACGACAUGAUACGGAUGGUUUGUCUCUUUGACAACGAAGAAAUUGGCUCCGCAUCUUCUCAGGGAGCUGGUGGAACCAUUAUCCCUGAUAUUAUUGAGUAUAUUAUUGGUUCAAAAACACUGCGUUCCACACUCGUAGCAAACUCCUUCUUACUUUCAGUGGAUGGGGCUCAUGCGCUUCAUCCAAAUUAUAAGGAUAAGCACGAAGAGAAUCACCGGCCACUUCUCCACCGUGGGCCCGUUAUUAAGUAUAACGCAAAUAUGCGCUAUGCCACAAAUGGUGCCACCGCUGCAGUGAUCAAAUCGAUUGCUAAAAAGGCGUCCAUACCAUUGCAAGAAUUUUGUGUGAAGAACGACUCCCCGUGUGGCUCAACAAUUGGUCCCAUUCUUUCAUCUUUGUCUGGGAUCCGAACUGUUGAUAUUGGGAAUCCUAUGCUAAGUAUGCAUAGCGUACGUGAAAUGUGCGGGACGCAGGAUAUUUUACAUUUGACAAACCUUGUUGAGGAAUUUUUUACCCAGUAUAAUAGGGAUAUGAUAUCGUGA